UCUGAAAGUUGUGGCUCCACGACAGGCUUCCGCUGCUUUCUGGAACCUCGUUCCGAUCCCUUUAAAGGUGGGAUCAUGACGGAGGGCGCGGGGGAAGAAGGCGGGAGCCGAGGGCUGGAGAGUCUCGGUUGACAUAGUAACUCCAGCGCGGUCUCCCGGGCUUUCCGCUCUCAGGCUCCACAGCCGCCCGCCGCCCCGCCUGGGCUCGCUCGGCCCGGGAGCCCCAGCCACCUCCUCGAGGGGACCCGGCCCGUCUGCUUGGCGCCCCGCUACGUGGCGACUGCUCCCCGGGCCCGCGGGGCAGCCGCGAGCGGAGCUCAGCCCGCGGGGCGUCUGCGCGCCCAGCCUCAGCCUCGCCCGGGGGGGCGCCGGGCCGCCGCGGGCCCCUGCGCACCGGGUCCCCGCGGGAAUUGCCGAGGCGGCUCGGCCACGAGCGGGACCCCAGCCAGUCAGUCAGUCGGGCGUCCCCGCCAUGAACCAAAGCCCGGCCGCGUUCGGGCCCCGGAGGGGCGGCUCUCCCGCCGUGGCGGUCCGGGCUGGCGCGCGGCGCAACGAGAGCCAAGACUACCUGCUCAUGGACUCGGAGCUGGGAGACGACGCGCAGCCCCCGCUGCCUGCCUACGGCUACUACCCCUGCCUCCGGGGCACCGACAACAGACUGACCCACCGGCGGCAGACAGUUCUCCGUGAGAAGGGGAGACGGUUAGCUAACCGAGGACCAGCGUACAUGUUUAAUGACCACUCAACAAGCCUGUCUAUUGAGGAGGAACGCUUUUUAGAUGCAGCUGAGUAUGGCAAUAUCCCAGUGGUAAGGAAGAUGUUGGAAGAAUGCCUCUCACUCAACGUCAAUUGUGUGGAUUACAUGGGCCAGAAUGCCCUGCAGCUAGCAGUGGCUAAUGAGCAUCUGGAAAUUACAGAACUUCUUCUCAAGAAAGAAAAUCUCUCUCGUGUUGGGGAUGCCUUGCUCUUAGCUAUUAGUAAAGGUUAUGUUCGGAUUGUGGAAGCCAUUCUCAGUCACCCAGCUUUUGCUGAAGGCAAGCGGUUAGCAACCAGCCCGAGUCAGUCUGAACUCCAACAAGAUGAUUUUUAUGCAUAUGAUGAAGACGGGACACGGUUCUCCCAUGAUGUGACCCCAAUCAUUCUGGCUGCCCACUGCCAGGAAUAUGAAAUUGUGCACACCCUCUUGCGGAAGGGUGCUCGGAUCGAACGGCCUCAUGACUAUUUCUGCAAAUGCAGUGAAUGCAACCAGAAACAGAAACAUGACUCCUUCAGCCACUCCAGAUCUAGAAUUAAUGCCUACAAAGGCCUGGCGAGCCCAGCUUACCUGUCAUUGUCUAGCGAAGAUCCAGUCAUGACGGCUUUAGAACUUAGCAAUGAGCUGGCAGUGCUGGCCAACAUAGAGAAGGAGUUCAAGAAUGACUACAAAAAACUGUCGAUGCAGUGCAAAGAUUUCGUUGUUGGACUCCUUGAUCUGUGCAGAAAUACUGAAGAAGUGGAAGCCAUUCUGAAUGGGGAUGUUGAAAUACGCCACAGUGGUGGAGAUCAUGGUCGUCCUAACCUCAGCCGUUUAAAACUUGCCAUUAAGUAUGAUGUAAAAAAAUUUGUAGCCCACCCGAACUGCCAGCAGCAGCUCCUGUCCAUUUGGUACGAGAACCUGUCUGGCCUGCGGCAGCAGACCGUGGCCGUCAAGUUCCUGGUGGUCCUCGCCGUGGCCGUGGGCCUGCCCUUCCUGGCCCUGCUUUACUGGUUUGCCCCCUGCAGCAAGAUGGGGAAGAUAAUGCGUGGACCAUUCAUGAAGUUUGUAGCACACGCAGCCUCCUUCACCAUUUUCCUGGGACUGCUAGUCAUGAAUGCAGCUGACAGAUUCGAAGGCACCAAAAUCCUUCCUAAUGAAACCAGCACAGAUCAUGCAAAACAGCUGUUCAGGAUGAAAACAUCCUGCUUCUCAUGGAUGGAAAUGCUCAUUAUUUCCUGGGUAAUAGGCAUGAUAUGGGCUGAAUGUAAAGAAAUUUGGACUCAAGGCCCCAAGGAGUACUUGUUUGAGCUGUGGAAUAUGCUUGACUUUGGAAUGCUGGCAAUCUUUGCAGCAUCAUUCAUUGCAAGAUUCAUGGCGUUCUGGCAUGCUUCCAAAGCCCAGAGCAUCAUUGAUGCAAAUGAUACUUUAAAGGAUUUGACAAAAGUCACACUGGGAGACAAUGUGAAAUACUACAAUUUGGCCAGGAUAAAGUGGGACCCCUCUGAUCCUCAAAUUAUAUCUGAAGGUCUUUAUGCAAUUGCUGUAGUUUUAAGUUUCUCCAGAAUAGCCUACAUUUUACCAGCAAAUGAAAGCUUUGGACCUCUGCAGAUAUCACUUGGAAGAACAGUAAAAGAUAUCUUCAAGUUCAUGGUCAUAUUCAUCAUGGUGUUUGUGGCCUUUAUGAUUGGAAUGUUCAACCUCUAUUCCUACUACAUUGGUGCGAAGCAAAAUGAAGCCUUCACAACAGUGGAAGAGAGUUUUAAGACACUGUUUUGGGCUAUAUUUGGACUUUCUGAAGUGAAAUCAGUGGUCAUCAACUAUAAUCACAAAUUCAUUGAAAACAUCGGUUAUGUUCUUUAUGGAGUCUAUAAUGUUACGAUGGUCAUUGUUUUGCUAAAUAUGUUAAUUGCAAUGAUCAACAGUUCAUUCCAGGAAAUUGAGGAUGAUGCUGAUGUGGAAUGGAAAUUUGCAAGGGCCAAGCUUUGGUUUUCUUACUUUGAGGAGGGAAGAACUCUUCCUGUUCCCUUCAACCUGGUGCCAAGUCCAAAGUCCCUGUUUUAUCUUUUAUUGAGGCUUAAAAAAUGGAUUUCUGAAUUGUUCCAAGGCCAUAAAAAAGGUUUCCAGGAGCAGGAGGAUGCAGAAAUGAACAAGAGAAAUGAAGAAAAGAAAUUUGGAAUUUUGGGAAGUCAUGAAGACCUUUCAAAAUUAUCACUUGACAGAAAACAGUUUGCACAUAGUAAACAAUCAAGUAUAAGGAGCUCAGAAGAUUUCCAGUUAAACAGUUUCACUAAUCCUCCAAGACAAUAUCAGAAAAUAAUGAAGAGGCUCAUUAAAAGAUAUGUAUUACAAGCCCAGAUAGACAAGGAGAGUGAUGAAGUGAACGAAGGGGAACUGAAAGAAAUUAAACAAGACAUCUCAAGCCUCCGCUAUGAACUUCUUGAAGAAAAAACUCAGAAUUCAGAAGACCUGGCAGAACUUAUUAGAAAACUUGGGGAGAAAUUAUCAAUGGAGUCAAAUCAAGAGGAAAGCAAUAGAUAAUGCAGAGACUUUCUUAAAAAUUCGUAUUUAUUUGUCCACUUGAAGCCAUAUUAUUUUCUGAUUUAUUUUUUUAAGUGCCACUGUGACCAGCUUUUAAAAAAGAAAAAGUUCAAAGAUAACUUGGGUCAUCCUAUCAUUUGGAAUUCUACUAUUUAAUAUUCUUGGUGAUUAAAUUCAUUAUUCAGGUUAAAGAUUGCAGAUUAUGAUGAAAAUUACACCCAAUUGUUUGGUGCUUUUUUUUCAUAAACUGCUUUCUUGGGUCUAACUAUUGUGAUGGUGUGACUGCCAUGUAGUGUCUGUCUGGGGAUCGUUUCAGCUGGCAGGGCAAACACACUGCACUGUGUUAUUUCGCCUGAUGGUCACUUCAGGCAUCUUCUUGCCUGUUCUGUGGACCCCCUGAUGGUGACUUCCAGACUUGAAUUUAGAGAAAAAUAAUCCCUUGCCAUUUAGAGAAUACUGUUUAAUCAUCCACCCUUCUUAGUCCCCACAAAAUAGGAUUGAUAUUGUCUGUGCAAAGUGGUGUUAAAUCCUUCCUAAAUUUUCUGAUUCAUCUCUUUGGAUAUGUUACCAGUGAAAAAGUGCUGCCUUCACUGAACCUUGGAAACAUAGUUCAGUGUGUGGUAUGUGUGUGUGUGUGUGUGUUUGUUUGUGUGUAUAUGUGCACGAGUGCAUAUGAAAUACUUGUCCUGUUUUAUUUUGCAGCCAGUAUAGACACUUAAAAGCUCUUCAAGUUGUACUUUUUAUUGUGACUAAAAAGAUGUUGGCCAAAUAAGAACCUUUUAUUGGAUAAGCAUCAGAGCCACAGAUAAUUGUCAUUAUUUGGUCCAAUGAUAGCACAAUUUUGUACCAUUUCCAAGGAUCUUUAUAGGUGAUUUCCCAAAUUCGGCAUCAGAUGGAAAGGAAAAAAAUGUGUUGACAGAACUUGCAAAUGCUUAUCUGUUAUUCUCAGUAUAUACUACCCUCCUCUCAAAAUAUAUAAAACAAGAAUUUGCAUUCAUGAGCAUUUACCAAGAGGUUGCUAUUAUGUAUGUAUUAUGCAAUAUCUAGAACAACUAAAAGAAAGAAAUGAAGGUUCACACUUCAGCUACCCAAAGACUAUCAAUAUUUAGAUGAUGCUGGGCAUUGACUGGAAGUGCUUCUUUAAACUCAAUAAAGAGAGGCUUCAUAUGCAAAAUUUUAUUUUAAAGAUAAAAUGGUCACAGAGAAUCUGGUUAGCCCCAACUUUGAUUUAGUUUACAUCAAAAUACCUUUAUGUAACCAGAUGCAAAAAUUUAGCUGAGAUUUUAUAUUAGGUGAUUUUUGUAUUUAUGGUUAUUACUUAAUUGGAAAGUUAAUUAGUGAUACAGAAAAGGUCUGUUUUCAAAUGUUUCUUGACAAUAUUUGAAUCAGAAACUGUAAAAAUCAAACUCAUACCAAAUGCAUUACCUAUGAAUUAAAAUAACCUAAAUGCAAAAA